AUGAGGGAUAUUUCUCGAGAGCAACACCCUCCUAAAAAUAGAGGACUUCCGAGUGACACUAUUUCAAAUCCAAAGAAUGGGGGAGGCAGUGUAGACCGUGUGUUUGCCAUCACUACUAGGAGUGGUAAAAUACUCCAAGGGGCUGAUAAGAAGGUGGUUGAUCUUGAGACAAUAGAUGAAGAGGAUGAGGUGCAAUCUGAAGCACCCAUUAUUGUUGAUGAGAAUCCUGCUGACAAAAAGGUUGCUGAUAUUCCAGAGAUAGUGAAGGAUGCUGAUAACACAAGCAAGCAGACUGUGAAAGGGGCUCUUCGUCCUUUGACUCAGCUUUUCAAAUCUAAACCUCUCUUUCCUCAGAGGUUGGUAAAGAAGAAGGAAGAUGCUAAGUUUGAGAAGUUUUAUGAUCGGUUGAAGUGGCGCUUAUCUCUAAAUUUCCCCUUCUUAGAAGCUGUCAAGGAGAUGCCCAGUUUUGCUAAAUAUUUGAAGGACCUGCUGACCAAGAAGAAAAUGGUUCAACAUGAAAUCGUAAGUUUGACUCACAUUGUGAGUUCCAUCAUCUCAACUACUACUGUUCAGAAAAAGGGAGAUCCUGGGGCGUUCACCAUUCCUUGUUUGGGGAUGCCAAGGCCGACUACUAUGAGGUUACAAUCGUCCGAUAGGUCUAUCAAAAGACCUGUUGGGGUGGUUGAUGAUGUACUUGUGCGGGUUGGUGAUUUUAUGUUGCCCGCUGAUUUCGUGAUUCUUGACUGUGCUAUUGAUCGGGACAUCCCUAUUAUUCUGGAGAGACCUUUCCUUGCUACAGGGAGAGCUCUGAUGGAUUUGGAGAAAAAUAAAAUCAAGUUCUGA